AAGGGGUGUGCCAUUUGCGCCCUCAAUAAUCAAGAUCCUCCUAGAUAAUGUAAUUUGAACAAGAAAGGUUUUGGGCAAUUGCGACUGGAGGAUAUUUUGGGACAGAUUGAGAGGGUUUUUGGAAGCUUUUUUUUGUUUGUUUGUGUAGGUUAAGCUUUUUAUGGAUUUGGAUUCUCUUUUCUAUCAAAAAAUAUAGUGGAGAGAUCACUACAUUUGUUUGUGUAGAUUAAGCCCUUCACUCAGGGCCAAGGAGGCCCACGAUGGCCCAUCGGACUUCAAGUCCUACCUGCAAGACUCGGACUUCGCCAACUACGCCGCGUCCGACACCAGCUUCUCCUCCUUCAAGAACUAAUCCGACGGUGGCAACCUCCCCGUCGACACCUUCCGCCGCUACAGCCGUGACUCCGUCGGCGACGAGGACUCCUUCGCCUUCUACUCCGUCGGCAAGAAUGUCGUCACCACCAUCUUCACCUCCUACUCCACACUUUCUAUUUCUAUACUCAGUACUUGUUUAUUCCAAAUGUAUUAUCUGUACUAUGUUGCACCCUUGGUAUGGUUUCCUUGCUGAGAAUGCUGGUUUUGUAGACAUAUGCAGAGAGCAUGGUAUCAACUUCAUUGGACCUAAUGAGAAGGACAUGUGUUUGGAGAAUGUGUACUACUCUGAGAUGAAGGAUCAGUUUCUUUGAUUCUGAUUGGAAAUAAUAUUGUUUUGUCUCUACUUCUCUUCACAUCUGUAAAUUUACCUUUCUCAUGGCUUUCACGAACUCUUUCAUUGUAUAAAUCAUUGACGUGUGAAAAUUAGUUAUUGUCUAUGUAAAUAAUUUAU